AUGGCUGUGAGACUUGGCCCGUUCGAGCAGCGGGAUCGAGACGUCUACAGGUGUUCGACAAUCGUUUUCUCAGAACCAAAGCUCGUGUGGGUUCGUGCCGGCAAAUCCACAUCGAAGCGUUUGGAAAGCGAGUUUUCGGUUGUGCCGCGGAUACUUCCAUUAAGUGAUAUGUUCAGCACCAGGAGCUGCGUUGGUUGGGACAUCUGUUACCUUAGCCAGUUAACUGACACAAGGAAAGAGUCCAUCCCAGCGGCAACAAACAGAAAACACUGCGCUGUCUUUAUGAUUUCCUGGAUUAAGGGCCAUACUCAGAACCAUCGGCGAUAG